UUCAUCAGAAGGCAAUGUGGAAGUGAAUGUAUGAGCAUGAACUUGCCAUCAUUGAUUGUGUGUGGAUUCCAGUCGAUUCUCUCACGAUAUCGCUCAUCUUGGAUUCGCACUAGUGCCGGCGUGGUCAUACCCUCUCAACGGGUUCCCCUGCCCAAGAAACCCGGAGCAACCCGUCUCAGUCUGCCCCUGCCAUCUCAAGCGCUCGCACGCUGCAGCAAGUCGUGUGAAACCCAACACCCGAAUAAAGGCCGCGGUUUUUCUCCGUUUGUAGUGGAAUUCUGAAAGUUCGUUGCUGUGGGUGUUCCGGAACGAACCCAAUAUGGAGUGUAGCAUUGAUGAUGACUCCAUCAUCGUGGAUGCUGCAGCAUUACAAUAAUGUGUGCUCCGAGAUGAAAGUGUCGUGAACUUCGGAAUUCCGGGAUCGGUUCUGAAGCAUGAUGGCGAGACAAGCUGUGGCGCACAAUGGAGACGAGAUCCUGCCCUACAACCCGGUGCCCCAUCAGUCAUCGAACCCAUCAGCAGUAGCCGUGAAGCCCAGACUGGACCUGAAGCCGUAUGCACAGCAGUGCAAAACAAAGUCCCGGAAACUGGGCAAUGCCCGGGUUUGGAUGGAGAGCUCCUUUGUGGGUACGCAGCCGAUUUUGAGUCCGGAAACCCCUUCCGGGGACCUGGCUAUGUUCGUGUUCGACGACCCCAGUUUACUGAAUGGCGACGCGGAUCCGUCCAACCUUGUGCCCAUGGUCAAGCUUAGGUCUGGCUCUGCCCAGUUGGAUGCUUAUGUCGUGCAACGGGAACUGGAUGCCAGGAAGAACGGUCAUUUGCAAUCAAAAAAGGCUUCCUCAAUGUCCGAGCAGAACUUACUGCUGACGCAGAAGCACUGGAGUGCUCAAGGCAAAGGUCUGGGCACUAUUUCCAAGUCCCGUCACCACCACUGCUCUGAUCAAGGCUUCCAGCAUCAUCACCCGUCAUCAUCAUCCGAACCCGAACCUCUCAGCAUGCAACCCGAAAAGGAAAACGCCGUCGCAAUAGCCGCAGCCAUGCUCACCGAGGGCCUCAACAAACGCAUGAUGUUCGCCGUCGACCCAGACGACUUCAAACCCAUCACCAGCAGCAGCAGUUCGUCGAAACCCGGCGAAACCCCGGAACCCACCCGUCGGGGAUCCACGUCGUUGGACGAUGUCCUGAGUUCCCUGCUAGCGUUGCCACCGUCACCAGCAUCAGCGAAUAACAAUAAAAAUGCGGUUGAGGACAAUGAUCAUCAUCAUCAUCAUUUUGGGAGCAGCAGCGUGUUGGGGAGAUCGGGUUCUUUGCGGAGACCCACUUCGCAGCCGGACUUGGAUCAGCAGCGGAGAAGCAAGUCGCCGGUUAUUCACGAAGGUGGUGGUGCUGCUGGUGCUUACAGUUGGAGGAAGCAGGAAAAUGGGACUUUGGCAGCAACAGCGGGAACAGAGGGGACGAAUAAGGUGAAGAUGAGACACGAGAGUUUGGGGGAUCAGACGACGAGGAGCAAAAGCCCGUCUUUGCUUGAUGCAGAUCAUGACGCAAGACCAGGACGUUCUCCAGAACCCUAUUUCUUUGAGGACCUUGAGAUUAAAGUGAUGCCCAAGGAUUCAGAUGGGGUCUCAGUGCCUGGAACUCCCUCCAGAGGACAAACAAGGCCUGGUUCUCCCCAGGCAUUAAGCAAUAUCCUGAUACAAUGCAGGAACAGCAGGUGCUCCAACAGCUGCCUCAUUGAGGAAGCCCAGCAGGCCUACAAACCGUGUAGGAACUGUCAUACUUUCUACUGUUCCAGAGAGUGCAGAAGAGCUCACAGACCAAAACAUGUGAUGCAUUGUUCUCAGCUCAAGGCUUCUUCCUUACUCACUGAGCUCAUGCACCAAGUUAGAGACUUCAAAGAUGUUUACUUGCAGGUUUCCAAGGUUGCAAGACAAGGCUAUGCUUCCAGAGGAUUCGGAUGCGUGAAGCUCUUUUUCCAGACAGUUGAAGAUCUCGAAGAAUUCUUGGAGUCAAGACAGCUGGACAAGGUUACCCCGGGCUAUUUGGCUGUUCAAGACUUGUUGCCCGAGGAAAUUGGCACGGAAAACUUCCACUCGCUUGUUGAUAUGUGUCACACAUACAAUGCUGAUGCUCGAAUGGUGUUGUACGCUGCUGUUUGCAUUUGGAGCCAAGUGCCUGGUUCAGAGAAUACCAAGUUCGAGAGACUGCUGGUGGUGAAAUGUGCCAAAAUGAAACUGAGCCCGGCGCUGAACCCGAGGCAGCAGAGUCAGAAUGCGACCGGAAUGGCGUCCCGGGUUCCCAGGGUGCCAGCUAUCAAUCCUCUUCAACUGCGGCAAGAGGCUAUUAUCACCAAGGAUGUCGAGGAUCAGGAAACCCUCAUCAUAGCUUCCCAAACGUCGAAAUCGCAGAAGGAUCGAAUACUGGUCCGGGAAGUUGUGGAAAGCUCAUUGGCCGAGAAAGGAGUGGACCUGGCCACCAACUUUAGGGAUAUCGCGGCGAAACUGGACGCCUGGGUGGAUGUCGGGGCUCCUUUCGGCCAUGUCGUGUUUUACCCACAGGAUUCUUCACGGAAUACUUUCAUGUGCAUCAUCAUGCUGGAACUCGAGGAGGAGAAAUUCAAAUCCUUGCCGAGAGACAUACCAAAUAUUGAGAUCAUCACGAUCCCGGAACAUCCAUGCAACAAAACAGUGGAUAUUUAUGAGCAAGUUUCUUCUCCGCCAGUCAAGGACAGGGUCUUGGGCCAGCCAAUAACUUGCACAUAUCACUUGAACCCUUUCCCAAAGAAAAACUCAGAGUGGGCCAUAACACUGAGGUUUGAAAAAUUCAAGGUUGGAAGUUUGGUCAAUGGAACAGUCUGCUCUGGGGGAUACCUUCAGAUACUGGAUGGAAGGAACUUGACAACUGCAGUUGCCAGAGGACCUCACAGUGGAGUAGGUGGAGCAGGAGGUUACUUCUGUGGAGAAAUUGAAACUUCAAAGGAGUACACAUCUGAAAGUGAUGAGCUCUACAUAAUCUUCCAUGCAGACAAUUAUGAUGAACAGUCCUAUUUCCUCUUUGAAUCCAGGGCUGAGAAGCAGAAAGAAAUCUACAUCAGUUGCCAAUAUCACCUGGAAGCAGCAGAUGCGGGGUUUGUGCGAUUGGACAUGACAACUAGCAUAGAUUUCAUGGUGGACGGAAUGAGGUGUGAGGACAUUAUGAUCUGUCCUCCAAAACCAUUCACUGCCAAUGACUGCAACCAUGAUUACAUCAGAGUGUUUGAUGGGGAUUCACCUUCAGCACCUGUCAUUGGUACUUUUUGCGGAAUGGACAGGGUGCCAUUUUCGAUUGUUGGGUCAACAAACAGGAUGCUUGUCGAGUUCAAAACCGGAGCCAAUGCAUCUCUGCUCAACACUGGCUUCAAUUUUGAAGUUGCUCCUUUAAUCGGAUCACCGUUGAUUGGAUCAUGGGAGAUGCCUGGACGAAAAGCUGGCUUAUGUAAUUGGGUUUUCACAUCAGAGGAUUUGGAGAAAUCUGGAGAUUCUGAAGGAGUUUUCAUGUCUCUAACACACUGGCAUAAACCAGGCACGAGGUGCACUUAUAAAAUCACUGGAAGGGAGGAUGAAGUUGUGAGGAUGUACUUUCUGAGUUAUGAAGGCAGCUCCAUUGACUUCUGGGCACACUAUGACUUCUUCAACAAUUCCCACUAUGGCAACCCUGUGCAUGGGACUCUGUGUGAUGAAAUUUUCCAGGAGUCCAGAAUGGGCAAUGGGGAAUUUGGUUCUCCCAUCAAUACUUUGGUGUAUACUCAUGGACCUGAUGAUGACAGCUCAUUGAUCACUUGCACACUCAAUUUCCAGUUGGAUAUUGGCCUGCGCAAAAGAAUUGAGCUUCAGAUUGACCAACUGGCCUUUGGCAAGUCUGACCUUCCAUGUCCAGCAAGUGCCUCUGCUUGCUUGUCAGCCCCCAGGGACAAGAUCUACAUCAAUGAUGAUGCCAAUGAGAAAAUCCUUUCCUGCUUGUGUGAAGAACACACCACAGCAAAACCCCCAAUCUUCAUUUACUCAUCCGGCAGAAAACUGGAGCUGGUUUUCACAGUGAAUGAAAAGCACGCGAGGGCAAAUUAUUUCCGACUCAAUACCCCAGUGUUCCACGGCAAGUUUUCUUUUGUUCACGACUCCAAAUGUGGACCUGAAACGUAUCCACCAACUCCAGAAGGAAGAUUAAUCUUCCCCCAGUUUGCGGAUCCCCAGGAUAUCGUGCUGUCAGAUGCCCCAGACGAAGUGAGGGUCUGUGUCUGGGACAUCCGUGUGAACCCCGAAAGGAACCUCUGGCUUCACUUCAACGAGAUCAACUUGACCAUCAAUGAUUGCGAAAUCGAGGUUCUCAAAAUUGAAUUGCCGAGAAGUGAGGAAUCCCUGGCAGUUUUCUGCAGGAAUCGCACCACAGUGGACAUGCCUGUGGUUCCAGUAGAUGCACUCAAGUCGCACGGAGGAAGAGUGAAUGUAAUUUUUAAAACUCUGAUGAGAUCAAAAUCGACUUUCAGUUUGUCAUGGACUGAACUCUAUCCCUACGGGAUGGUUUCACAGAAAACUGAACAGUGAAUGAGUCCUGCAAAUAAAUCUAAUCAAACGAUUGUUACA